AAAGGGGAGUAGUGGAGGAGGGGGGCAGCCUAUGGCCGAUUGGCCAUGCUUUAGCGCUGUAAGGAGUGUAUACCCAUAGCUGGUGGCUUGGGGGAGCAGUCAGACCCAUUUGCUUUUCAGUGAGAGCACAGAUUCCGGUGUCCACUCCCCAAGUAGCUUUAUUUCUGGGCUAGGAGACCGAGGCUGAGUCAAUGCAUACCCCCGUGGUGCAUGCAAGCAGGUGAGGAGAUGGUGGCUGGGCUAAGCGAGCUAGCUGCGGUAGGGUCACCAUCGUACUCGCAGGCAUUCUGCCGGAAGACCCAGGUGACCAGUGAGAUGGGUUUCUCUCAGGAAGAGGCGCGGCUGCGUCGGACACCCCAGGGAACUCGCUACCGCGCAACUUUGCCAGGUGCUCGGAAAACAGCCCUUCGCCUUAUCCAGGGCAGUCACCCAGAGGGCCAGGGGGCAGCGAGUGAUAGAAGACGCCGGGCUGGGUGGGCGAGACCCAGUUGCAAGGGUACUGUUAGCACCGAAAGGGAAGGGAAAAGGAAGGGCAUCGCAGCCUAGCACUCGGGUCUCCGAGUUCGCAUAGGACAGGUCCUGAUGGCACCUGCUGCGUCCUAGUCACCUCCUUAUUCCUAACCUCUGUCAACACUACUCCCGAGCCCAGCAGGCGCUCCUUUCCAAGGAACUAGAGGAGGUAGGCUAAAAGGGUGGCAGAAAGGGGUGGGGACAGUAGAGAGACAGUCCCAGCCUUCCCCGCCCUCCACCCCCACCACAACUCAGCAGCCGUCACGUGGUACCAGGAGUGGGAGGGGUGGGGGCAGAAGAGGCGAGACUUUUUUGGGUGCUCCGGAUCGCCAGUAGUUCUUCAAGCCUCAGCAGCCAACUCCUCUGGAGGCGCUGCGCUCCGCCCCAGGGAGCGCGAACCCAAGGAGCCUGGGACCAGCCUCUGGGAGCCCCCGGCGCGGGCGAUGCGGGCGCCGCGGGCGACACCUGCGGCUCCUCUCGGUGGCAGCCGUCGCUUGGGCGGCAGCAGCGCGAGCCUCGGCAGCCUCGGCAGCUACAGUCGCCGCGGCCAGAACAGCCUCCGCUGCGGUCGUGGUCUCUGAUGCUCUUGCCCGCUCCCGGCCCUGCCGAUCCGGGAGGAUGUGGGUUCUCGGCAUCGCAGCAACUUUUUGCGGAUUGUUCUGGCUUCCAGGGCUGGCGCUGCAAAUUCAGUGCUACCAGUGUGAAGAAUUUCAGCUGAACAACGAUUGCUCAUCCCCUGAGUUCAUCGUAAAUUGCACCGUGAACGUUCAAGACAUGUGUCAGAAAGAAGUGAUGGAGCAAAGUGCGGGGAUCAUGUACCGGAAGUCGUGUGCAUCGUCAGCAGCCUGUCUCAUUGCUUCAGCUGGGUACCAGUCCUUCUGUUCCCCUGGGAAACUGAACUCCGUGUGUAUCAGCUGCUGCAACACCCCUCUUUGCAAUGGGCCGAGGCCCAAGAAGAGAGGCAGCUCUGCCUCGGCCAUCAGGCCAGGGCUUCUCACCACUCUCCUGUUCUUCAACUUAGCCCUCUGCUUGGCACACUGCUGAAGCUAAAGGAGAUGCCAACCCCUGCUGCCUCACCUGGCUGGCCCUUCGUCUCUCACCUUCCCGAGUCUCUUCUGGGUGUCCUUUUAUUCUGGGUAGACAAGGGAGUCUUUUUGUUCCCUCCUUUCAAGUAACGCAAGAUUGCCAUGCACAAAUACUUUUGUAAGCUCUGAACCAAUUCACUCUGAAUUUCUGUGUGUAGUUGAAGAAAAAGCAUGGAGCAGAAAGUCCAGACCCUCCCAUCCCAAUCUGGUUAACCACCGCCAAGGCUAGCCUGGAAGAACCAGCCCUUAGAAGUCAUUGAGAUAUGCAUCUGCCUUUCCCAAAGCCUUCCAUUCUGUCCCAAUAGGAGUCACAGUCUAUUCAGAGACUGCUGCUGCGUGAAGGUAACUUUGCUUUUGCGGGAGGGGAGAGCCAGUUUCGGCUCAAGGCUUCUGAACUUGCCAUUCAUACUUCCUGCUCCUGUAAACUAUUUUCUGUGGUGGACCCAGCUGGUUUGGUCUCUGAGCCAGUUUGUGGUGACUCAGGACUCAAGGGCUGGGGCUUAACCUCUCCAGGCUUGGCCUCAGUCUGAAAAGUGCUUAAGAAAACCUUGUUAGUUCUCCUGGAGGAAGAGUUACUGCGCCGGGAGGCUAGAAAGAUGAGGGGGCUGCGGGCUGAGCUGGUGCUGUCCUUGGUGGAGAUGAAGCGGGCACGCUGGCGUUUCUCUUGGUUGGCAUGCUGCAGAGUUAGCCGGCAGCAGAGCACCUGCCAGAACACCUUCCGGAACUGCUGAGAGGACACGUUGUAGAGGAGAGGGUUGACCACGGAGCUGAGGUAGAAGAAGGUGUCGGAGAAGGGCAGGAGGAUCAUGUAUGCCCUGAAGUACGGUCUGGUCCAGUCAUGCUUGGGUUUUGCUGCAGCCAUGAUCCGUCGGAUCUGAUUGGGCAUCCAACACACGGCCAAUGUCACCACAAUCAGUCCUGGCAGGCAAGAACAGGAGAGAAAAGGAGACGGGGAGAGAAACAGCAUGAGAACAAAAAUAAAUAAAUAAAAACCCAUAAAAAAUUCAGCCCCUUGGUUCUGUUGCUUACUGGCCGAGAAACGGUACCAAUCUUUCAGCUCUGUGCUUGUCGGUUUCUUUUUGCCACUGGCAAAGGAGAAUUUAAUGCUGCUUCAAGCUCAGGGGACUUGGCUAUGUUAAAAAGCGUUAAAUGCUUUCGACAGUGUAUUUAUACUUGUGGAUGCCUGUUAAUUUUCAAAAUGUUUUCAUUGUUGCUCGUGUAUCCAGAAAAUAUCUCACGUUGGCCAUAAA